AAAAUCACGAAAAACGAAAAAUAGACGGGAGAGGUUGGUCGCCAUUGUUCUUAGAUCGAAGUUUUCCUUGUGGAAAAGUUGUUAUUUCGUGUGUUUUAGGUUGCUCGCGUGUGCGUUUCAUCUAGUGACUUUCCUUCCUCGAUAAGUUUUGUGCCGUUUGCAUCGAAAUUCGCUCGCGAAGAGGCCAAGUGCGUUUGUGAAAGUGUAAAAACAAAUUUAGAGAAAUCAUCAACAGCAGCAAAAUGACGGCGAUGAGCCCCGAAUACGAUUAUUUAUUCAAAUUACUGUUGAUCGGUGAUUCUGGUGUGGGAAAAUCUUGCCUCCUGCUACGAUUUGCUGAUGAUACAUACACAGAGAGCUACAUCAGUACUAUUGGAGUAGACUUUAAAAUUAGAACAAUUGAAUUGGAUGGCAAGACUAUCAAGUUGCAAAUCUGGGAUACAGCCGGCCAGGAGCGUUUCCGAACGAUUACUUCGUCCUACUACCGUGGCGCUCAUGGUAUUAUAGUCGUAUAUGACUGCACAGAUCAAGAAUCCUUCAACAAUGUGAAACAGUGGCUAGAAGAAAUCGAGCGUUACGCUUGUGAAAACGUUAAUAAAUUACUUGUAGGCAACAAAUGUGAUUUAACUACAAAGAAAGUCGUCGAACAUACUACUGCUAUGGAAUAUGCAAAUCAAUUAGGCAUUCCAUUCCUCGAGACGUCCGCUAAGAAUGCGACAAAUGUGGAACAAGCGUUCAUGACAAUGGCGGCUGAAAUUAAGAAUCGCGUUGGCCCACCAUCCAGUGCAACGGAGACGGCUAGUAAAGUGAAGAUCGAAUCCGGACGUCCAGUUGAAAGCAACAAGUCGGGCUGUUGCUGAAGCAGAGGCUUAAUUAUGUACGCCUUAAUAUACAUUUUUGUCGCAAAACAAACUAUGCGAAAAACACAACAUUUUCAAAUGAAACUGCAACCGAAAUGAGGAGACAUAAUCCUUUUUCCAAAAAAAGAUAAAUUAUAUAAACAAUAAAUUAAAUUUAAAUAAAAGAAUAAUGAACCGUUGAUAAAAAAUAAACGAGACACUGAGAAGGAAAAAGCAGAGUAAACUAUCUGAAACAUGAAAUCUUGUGUUUUCUGUUCACUCGCAAAAUACACCAACAAAACAUCAACUUAGAAGGAAAAACUGGAUCAGAUUCUUAGUAUUUUAUUUAAUAUACAUAAAAUAGAGAAAUUUAUUUUUUUGUUAUAACUUUGUAUGCGUUUUACUUUUCUUAUACAUGUAUAUGUACGUGCGAAUAGACUCCUAACCCCACACACUUUGAUUACAACAACAAACGAAUGGAAAACAUCAAAUAUUCAGAUCUAAUGGAACAUUAUGAAACGCAUGUUUCCAGCUGAGCAGAUUUUCGCCUCCCACUUAAUAUGAAAUUAUUAAUAUUUUAAUAAAAAAUAUAAAAAAAAGAAACAAAUGGCAAAUUUAAGACAUUUAUAAUUUAUAUAGUAUCGUAAAAAAAUUAAUUAUAAAAUGAGGAAAAAAAUGGAAUAUAGUGAAGUUAAACGUA